AUGCGUCAAGAAAUCGGCGCAAUAGAACCAAGCUUAGCAGCGUGUGGCGCGGAACACAAGGCUGCGUUUCUUGAACAUUGCGUGCAACUCGAUGGAAGACAUUGGGAUGAUAUCACAUUAGUUGACCUUAAUUUGGAACAAAGGAAUGUCAUUCAACAUAUUGCGGGUCCAUCAACUACUAAACGACCACUGUCUGAAAAUAUUCAGAAGACUAUAACUGUUCCAAAUGUAUUUGAGCCAGUUGCGGGUCCGUCAAAAUGUAUACAACCCUUGUGUGAGAAUGUGCAUUACAAGACCAUUCCUGACAAAACUAGUGCUAUUCCUCAAGUAACUGAGAAUAUCAACCCUGUUGCUGCUGCAAAUCCAUCCACGAAAAACAAAAAAGAUAAAGAUAUGUUGAUAAAAAUGAAAUAUCAUCUGAGAAAAAUUAACAGGCUUCAAAAAACUGUAAAGCAUCUAAAGAAUGAAGCAUUUCUCAAAGACAAUCAAGCAGAGGACAGAAUAGGUCAAACGGAACACGCGAUACUAUCUCCUUUACCUUUUAAUUGUUCAGAUGACAGCGUUAAGGACCCAAAUUACGUAAAUACUGAUGACUAUUAUUCCGAUUCUGACCAUAGUGACUUAAAUAGUAAGAAACGCGCAAUGCGAUUUAAAAGAAAUAAGUUUGCUGAAAACAUUGAUCCCAUGAUUUCAGUUGCGACUAAAAAUUCAAGUUCAAGUCAAAUUAGUACGCCCAAUUCUCACCGAAAAAUUGAUUAUUCAAACAAGCCCAAACCAGGUCCUUCAAAAAUAUCGUAUAUGCCACCGAGUAGUUCAUCUAGUUCAAGCUCUUCUUCGGGCCCUUCUGACAGUUCAUCAUCGUCUAGCGAUUCUUCAGACACGGAAGAGGAUGCAAAAAGAGUUAAUGAACAAGUUACAGAACCAGAUACAGAAAAAAAAUACAGAAAUGGAUAG